CGAAUUUAUCAGUCGGCCGUGCACGGUUUGAAGUGAUCUAGUUCGUCAGAAAAACACAGACCACGUUUACAAUGCAAUCGCUGGUGGUGUUCUUUGCUCUCGCCGCUGUGGCUUGCGGCUCAAUCAUCCCGUUGGCGCAGCCCGCGCAUCACCCUGCGCUGGUGCUGGACCCCCACGGUCGUCCCCUCGACACCGCUGAAGUCAUCAACGCUCGUGCCAUCCACCUGCAGGCUAAGGCUCUGGAACCCGUUGGACAUGCUGCUUACGCUCCUUUGGCCCAUGCUGCCGUCGUAGCCGCCCCCAUCGCUCACUCGGCAAUCGUCGCCCCUGCAGUGGUCGCCGCUCCUGCUGCUGCUGUGUCCCACCAGUCUCGUGUGGAUGUGCGCACCAGCCCUGCCAUCGUAGCUCACGCCGCUCCCGUCGUAGCUGCCGCUCCCGUUCUCGGUGCUCACUCCCUCGCCGCUCCUUGGUUGGGUCACUCUGCUCACGGACUCGUUGCCCACGGACUUGCUGGACAUGGACUCGCUGGACACGGUCACUACCUCAAGAAACGUUCCCUGGGACACAUUGCCUACAGCGCACCCAUCCUCGCCCCCUCUGCCGUGUCUCAUCAGUCCCGUGUUGAUGUAAUCUCCAGCCCCGCUAUCGUAUCUCACGCCGUGGCCGCCCCAGUGCUGUCUCACGCUGUCGCUGCACCCGUCGUAGCUCACGCUAUCGCCCCUGCUGCGGUAUCUCACCAAUCCCGUGUUGAUGUGCGCACCAGCCCCGCUAUCACCGUCGCUGCUGUCGCCCCUGUCGCCCACAGUGUCGUCGCUGCUGCCCCCCUCUACCACUCAGCUCCCCUCAUCCACGCUGCUCCUUUGGCGCACGGUGCUGGUCACUUAGUUCAUGGUUGGUGAAGAGCAAAUCUGGCGAACUCCUAUUAAUGCAA